AUGGGUGAACCUCUCGACUUGUCUGGCAAAUGGACGCUGUCUCGUGCUCUAUCGGAUGAUAGUGAGGAGAUGCUCGUACUCCAGAACUUUAACUACUUCCUUCGCAAAGCCGCAAAAGUAGGCACCAUCACAAUAGUAUUUCGCCAUGACGUAAAGGCGAGUCCGCAGACUUUUGAAGUCACGGUCAUCCCUCCUGCCGGUUUUGCAAAGGAAAGCCGCACACGGCAAAUUGACGGCGAAAGGGUUGAAGACAAACAUUUCCUGUUCGGCACGAAUUACGUGAUCUGGAACCACAGGACAAAGGCGGACGAGCUUGACGACUAUUUCCUGGAAGAAGAAUGGGUCAACGACAAUCUGCUUGAAGAGCUCAUCGAGAGCGGAGACGGAAAAUUCGUCAAUGAAGGCAUUUGGGGUAUGAUCGAAAAGGAUGGCAAGAGACAGCUUGUCAAACGUGCAAUUGUGAAGACAACAGACGGAAGACGAGCAGUGGCGCGGCAAGUAUUUGAAUAUUCCCCACUAGACUGA